ACAACAAAGAUGUCUUUUUAUUUUUGAUUGAUUUAUUCAACCUAAGUUGUAGCUUGACAGAUAUUAGAAGUAUGUACUCAUUUAUCCGCUUUAGCAGUGAGUAAUGUCUGGUUGCUUAAAUUUUAAUGGCGUGAUUUUACGACGCUUUACGGUAACAGGCUGAGAAGUGUUUUUACACUCAGCGACAGAAAGGGAAAAGGCUAAUGCUUCAAACAUCACCGAGCAGACACCCAGUAUCUCCUCCAGACAAUGGACAAGGCUGACUGGCUCAUUGCACAAUAAAUCUCGUUACGACAGCGCAGUUUUGUUCUGUGUGGAGUAGACGUCGCAGUCGGAGACUAAGAUGCCCUAGGCGAGAGAAGGGAAAUGUAAAUGGCUUCCAAAGUAAAAGAUGCUGUGGUGUGGUACCAGAAAAAGAUUGGCGCCUAUGACCAGCAGAUAUGGGAGAAAUCGGUGGAGCAGAGAGAAAUAAAGGGCUUGAGGAACAAGCCAAAGAAGACAGGACAUGUCAAACCAGAUCUUAUAGAUGUGGACUUGGUUAGAGGUUCAGCAUUUGCGAAGGCCAAACCAGAGAGUCCAUGGACGUCGCUGACCAGGAAGGGCAUCGUCAGAGUUGUUUUCUUCCCCUUCUUUUAUCGCUGGUGGAUCCAGGUCACCUCCAGAGCUAUUUUCUUCCUCCUGCUGGCUCUCUAUCUGCUGCAGGUGGCAGCUGCAAUCCUCUAUGUGACCCUCCCACAGCCUCAUGGGAUACCAGCCACUGAGGUGUUUGGAGCCAUCUGGCUCAUGUUGCUGCUGGGCACCGUCCACUGUCAGAUCGUCUCCACCAGGACCCCCAAACCUUCUUCCAGCAGCGGGGGGAAGAGACGCAGGAAGUUGAGGAAGGCAUCUCAGAUGGAGGUGCAUAGGGAAGGCGACGGGUCUAGCACUACCGAUAACACACAGGAGGGGGCGCCACACUCCCAUUCAACCAGCACCACAUACAGCCUGGGCGCUUUCUUCAAAGAUUUCUGGCAUGAUAUCUGUAAAGCUGGAUCUAAGAAGUCCAAGCUUUCCAUCGAUAAGUCAACAGAGACAGAUAAUGGUUAUGUUUCGCUGGACGGCCGGGUGACCAAUCGCAGCAGUGAGGAGGGGCUCCAGCUUCACGAGCAGCAGUGUGAUCCAUUAAGUAGAGCUGAUGAGGUGUGUUGGAACCCUCAUGUACAGCCUACACAUGUUCACAGCGCCCGCAGCUCAGCUCUGCUGAUGGCCAGCGGCACUAAGGAACCAGCAUCAGAUGAAGCAUCCAGUGAGGAGGACCCUGAGGCAUCCUAUGGCACUCACCGCAGGGGAGUUGAGAGAAUGAACAGCGACUGUAUGCUCCGAAACCGCAAGAAUGCACACCACUACAAGAAACACUACGCUGUGGAGGACAUCCCCAAGUCUGGAACCAGCUGUAGCUCCAGGUGUUCUAGUAUGAGGACUCGGGACUCAGAGAGCACUAGACAUGAGUCAGAAACUGAAGAUCUCAUGUGGGAGGACUUCCUGCACUGUGCAGAGUGCAGAUCAUCAUGCACCUCAGAGACAGGUGAGAGGAAAACAUCAAGGUUGAAUAAAAUGUGGUUCACUAAGGAUGGAAAUCUGUGGAUUGUUGCAGGUAAAUUCAGACUGUCAUUUUUUCCUUUAGAGGGAGAAGGAGGUGGAACAUCAGUAUGUCCUCCGACUAAAAAAGAAUACAGAGAUGACCCUUUCCAUCAGGGUCAUGUUCCCUGGCUGCACAGCUCCAACCCCGGCCUGGAGAGAGUGAGCGCCAUUGUGUGGGAGGGAAACGAGUGCAAGAAGGCAGACAUGUCUGUCCUGGAGAUCAGUGGCAUGAUCAUGAACAGAGUGAAUCUUCACACUCCUGGUAUUGGUUACCAGGUCUUUGGGAACCUGGUUUCAGUGACACUUGGACUCACGCCAUUCGCUUACAGACUGGCCCAGUACUGUGACUUGGAUCAGCUGACAACACUUUCAGCCAAUGAGCUGCUGUCUGUAGCACUGGGAGGUGGGUCUGGAUCAGAUGCCUCGGUAAUCGCCAUGGUAACACUGAGUUUCCUGGUGCGCGUUUGCCUUAUAUGGCUCUUCUUCUUCCUGCUCAGUGUAGCAGAGAGGACCUACAAACAGAGGCUGCUGUUUGCCAAACUGUUCGGCCACCUGACUUCAGCCCGCAGAGCCAGGAAGUCGGAGGUCCCACAUUUUAGACUGAAGAAAGUGCAGAACAUCAAAAUGUGGCUGUUGCUACGCUCCUACCUCAAGAGACGGGGUCCUCAACGUUCAGUGGAUGUCAUCGUGUCGUCUGCUUUCCUGCUUACGUUGUCAGUUGUCUUCAUCUGCUGUGCCCAGCUGCUCCAUGUCCAUGAAACGUUCCUCGAGUGUCACUAUAACUGGGAGCUGGUGAUCUGGUGCUCCAGCCUCUCUCUGUUCCUGCUCAGGUUUGUCACUCUGGGCUCGGAGACCAGCAAGAAAUACAGCAACACCUCCAUACUGCUCACUGAACAGAUCAACCUGUAUCUGAAGAUGGAGAAGAAGCCAAAUAAGAAGGAGGAGCUGACACUGGUCAACAAUGUUUUAAAACUGGCUACCAAACUACUCAAGGAGCUGGACACUCCCUUCAGGUUGUAUGGUUUGACCAUGAACCCUUUGCUCUACAAUAUCACCCAAGUGGUCAUCCUGUCUGCUGUGUCAGGAGUCAUAUCUGACCUAUUAGGAUUUAAUUUGAAGCUGUGGAAGAUCAAAUCAUGACAGUAACCCGAGACAUGGCGUCAAGACUUCACUCGAUAUAUCAGAGUCCUCUGACCUUCAACGUUCCCACUUUGUGCAAUUCACAAUCUAUUUAUUUACCUCUUCAGUGUUUUUACUUUGGGUUCAUUUGAUCUCUAGUUUAUUUCACUUGUGUUUCAUGACACAAGACGAGCUAUAUUUUAUCUGUAUACAAAAAGUGUUAGUAUUGUAAAUUAUUACUGUGAUGGUUUAGGUUCUCGGCUGCAUUUGAGAUUUUUUUUUUUGUAUUUUUAAGGUCAACUGCAAAUUAAUGGCAAAGUAUGGCGUGCUGAUGGGGCCGCAAUUGUUUCAUUUUUGCUUAAACAACAAGGUAUAUAUGUUGUUUUUGUUUUUUUUCUUCACAACCUUAAACUGUUCUAAAGAUACACAAGUUCUGCUGUCAAAUUUUUCCACAUAUAAGAAAUGUGUUGGAAGUAGUGUAGUUGAAAUUACACUUUUACUGCAGUUCAUUAAGAAAAAAUAUUAACUGCAUUGAACGAUUUAAACUACAGAGUGCAUUAUAAAGACGCAUUAUAUGCAGAAAACAGUAAUCUUACUUGGUAGAUAAGAUUUGAAAGACUAUAACAAAUCUCUUUACACCAGCUCUUACUUGUGAAGACUUAAAAACAUUAAUGUUCAUACCUGAAAAUGGAUGUUUACAGUCUUAUUAACGCAGGUGAAGUUGAAAUCUU